AAAUAAAUCAAUGGGGAGAUAUGAUCUAAGGAGAACACCAGCUGAGAAUAUUAAUCUGCCACCUGCUCUUCUGUCAAGGUUUGAUCUCCUGUGGUUGAUUCUCGACCGAGCAGAUAUGGAUAUUGAUCUUGAAAUGGCUCGUCAUGUUCUCCAUGUCCACCAGAUGAAGGAAUCUCCAGACCUCGGGUUUGCUCCACUCGAACCUUCUGUUCUUAGGGCGUAUAUUUCUGCUGCAAGAAAACUGUCUCCUUUUGUUCCAACGGAGUUGGAGGAAUACAUAGCAAGUGCGUAUUCUAGUUUACGGCGGGAAGAGGCGAAAUCAAAUGCCCCUCACUCUUACACAACAGUCAGAACCCUACUUAGCAUUCUUAGGAUAUCUGCCGUAAACUCAGAUUCUCCCAUAGAAGACUUGGGGGUGUAUAUGUCAGGUAAUGAGUUUGAUCAAAACAAACAAAGAGAAGCAGCAGAAUUGAGGGGCUUGAAUCUGAGAAAAGAUAUGAAGCAGAAUCUGCAAAUUUUGAUUGAUUCGACCCUAAAAGAAGAGCAGAAGCCGAAUGAUGUUGAUACAGACUUUGAAGAUCAACAAGAAACAAUGCGGGACAUCGAAACAAAAAAAACAUGUGGUAUGCACAAAAGGACGCGCACAAAACUGAAUCAAACUGAAAAGAAGAAUUGUAAAUUAGCUGUUGCCGAUAGGACAUUGGGAAAACGUUAA